CACGGGUGCGUUCCGGGCAACUUGAAAGUUGCUCUUUGAUUCCGUUGAAGAUAUCCAAAGCGGCUGCUGCCUGUUUCUCUGCUAUCGAACGCUCAGAACAACUGGCCAAUCGAAAGUGAUUAUUUUCCGGGCGUGUUUUUUCUUAUUUUUUUUUUUGCUUUUUUUUUUAUUUAUUUUUUUUUUGGUUUGAGAAAGUGUAAAGUGCUGGGUGCCAAAAUUUUUAGAAUAUAAUUUACUUCUUUCUGACAAUGUAAGCAAAAACACAAUUUGUUGCUGCUGCUGCUGCUGUUGUUGUUGUUGCUGGUGGUGCAACGGCGGCACUCACACAAACACACUGCCACCAGCACACACACAAACACACAAACACGCACACACCUACGGCGAGACACGGAUGCAGGCACACAAACACAGACAAAGGACCAGAUUUCGAUGAAAGGCUCCUGCGGCAGGCGACGCCUCUUGUGCUUUAUUUGCUGGUUUUUCCGAUCGAGGGGCGUGCGAAUUGCUUACAAUUUGCCUUACAUACCGCAUUCGACUCGGUCUGUGGGCGAGGAGUGUGGGAACCGAGAGCAACUGCAGUUAAAUGCACUUUAUUUUGCCGACCGACCGCACGACAACCGCGCUACACGAAUAUUCCGGACAGUGUGACCGUGCUGAGUCUGCGCACGAAAACCGAACACUUGCGGGAAAACACCCUAAAUGUGCCGGGAACUGCGCUUAGCCAGGUCUGAAACCAGUUGAUUUACAUUAUAUGGUAAAUUUGAGGCAAUUGCAAACGGUCACACUUUAAAUAAGAAAACAUUUGUUUUACAUUUGAGAUCCAAAAAAAUAUGCCAAUAUUGGCUUGAAUUGACUGUUACGAUUGAUAGCCAUGAGCACACCUCGCAAGAACUAUAACAACCUGCCGCCCUACUGCCCACAAGGCGGCCAGUAUCCAUCGCAGUCCGCAGACUACAGAUCCCAGCAAUUCGGUGGCCAGCAGAAGCCACAAAAUCCAAACUUUGGCUUCUACGAAGACAAACAGGGCCAGCAAAAUGUUCCGCAUUUCUACCAGAACAAAUCUCCACAGGAGCCGCAACGGCAUCGGCCCUACGGGCAGGGCAGGAACUUCGGACGCGGCGGCAACUUCCCACGCAGGAACCAACAGUACUGGGAUCAGAAUCCGAGGCACCACCAGAACAGGGAGCACAACCAGAGCGGCAGCUCCAACGGCCAGUACUUCCAUCCCUCCAUGCUGGAGGAUCCUUGGCGGGAGCUAAUGGAACGCCAUGAGGCCAUACACGGCCCCAGCACUAGCCAAACUGCACCGAAAGAGGUAGCGACUACUUAGGCCUGUUUCAUACUAAAGAUAAAGUGUAUAAUAUAAGACUAAGCGCUAGCAGAGAUAAUUUUGGUUAAUCCCUGUAUGAUAAUCUCCUCAAAAGCGAAAUAAGAGUUUAAGUUAACAUACACCUGUUAUGCCUUUCUAAGAAAUAUGAAGACAACAAAUUUCAAUCAAGUGUGUUAGCUAAAUGGCUCAAGAAUCAUGAGGUAGCCUGCUUUUGAGUAGUACUCCCCGAGUUGAAACCCACUGCGACACCUUCAAGAAAGAACUACGGGUUAGGUUGUAACAUUUUAUACAACUAAGCAACAGUUCCACGUAAAUGGAACCCGUGUAUACACUAAUAAACUUAAGACUACCGUA